AUGACUCCGGCAACCCGGCUCAGUGAACCAAGCCGGUCUAUUUCUAGGCCCGGAUUAAUCGCUCCUCUGUUAGGGUUUCGAAGCUCAUCGCUCGCGUUUUUUGAGCCGCUCCGAGCUCUGCAGUCUCCGCUUCAAUGGCGUCCUCCGUCGUCACAAUCGUCAUCCCUCUCUCCUCUCUCAGUCUACUCGAUCUCCCGUGGCUUAUCCAAGGUCAAGAUCGACUCUUCCGCUUUAGAGAGGCUCUCUCAAUCGAAGAAACCUUCUCUAAUAUCUCCCCCAAGUGACUUCCCCUCAUCAGCAAACCCUAAAUUCCUAACCCUAGAGCAAUCUCGCGCUGCCCUUGUCGUCCUCUUGAACAAGCUCAUCCUUUCAGAUUCCUACAUCCGACCCGGUAUCCCUACCCUGAUCGAAGAAACCCUAAACCUCCAGCGCGGGCACGAAACCCUGGAUUUCGGGUCGUCGUUUGGGUUCGUUGACUCCCUCUGCCGAUUGAACAACAGGAAUCUCGAUGACGUCGGAGUGACGAGCGAGGAAAUUGGAGUGAUCGAGAGUUCUUUUGCUGCUUCGGUCGGGAUCUGUGCAGUGUUAGAUUGCUGUUCCUCAUCUUUGGUGAGGCUGUGUGAUGCUGUUGCGGCAUUGACUUGUGAAGCAGCUAGGGUUGACUCGAAGGUGUUCAGUUUGUCGGUGUCAGGUGAUGGGUUUUCGAUCAAGGAUGAGACCGAUGUGGCGGCAGAUAUGAAGGUUUUGUUAUCGGAGUCGAAGCUUGCUGAUAAGGUUGAUUCGGAAUUGUUUGCAGAGAUUCCUACUGUUAAUGCUAGCUUCAGAGAAGCGGUUAGAUCUUUGCAUUCAAGAAUCAGAGUAGAAUUGAACGCUGUUGUUAAACCUAGAAAGGUAACGGGAGUUGGGAGCAGUGGUAGAGAGAAGGCAUUUGUUGCUUCUGUGCUGCCUCUCGCAAUGUCUAUCCUGUCUCUGGGCGAAAGCAGUUCAGGUCGCGCAAGAAUGGCUAUUGGUUCAAUCAUUGAUCAGGAGGUACAAGCAAAGGUGGUGGAGAGUUUUGAGAAGGGGUGUCCUAAUUUUGACAAGUUAAGAGAGAAUUUUCAAUUGAUUGCUGAAAAGGCUUCAUCCGGGGAAGAAUAUGUUGAAGUUUUGCAUUCUGUGUACAACCUUUUGGUGAAGUUUAGGGAGAUUCUUGCUUGGGAGGCAGCAGUGACUUUGUUUGUGCUCGACAUUGACGAGUCAAUUGAAAAACCCCAAGUUGGUCCUCCCGCUACCAUCAAGCAAAAUGGAGAAAAUUUUAAGGGUGAUAGAAAGAAGGAGAAGAAAAAGAAGAAGACUUUAGGGAGGGGGACUUCUGUUAUCAGGCAGCUUCUCAAAGACCGGUUUAUGUGCACAAAUGAAGCAUCCGUCGAAAAUGUCGCUGUUUUGGUUGAGUGGGCACAGGUGCUUUUGCUGUAUUUUGAUCCCAAGGACGGUGGACUUGAUUCCCUGCUGACUAAGCUGAAGGAGAUGGUUGAAAGCAAUGACAACAGGAGACUUCCAAAAAUCCCAAAAGGAACCCGCGAUUUUGCAAAAGAAAAAAUGGCCAUAAGGGAGCGUGCAUUUUCAAUCAUUGUUAACAUUUUCAAGAUGCAUGGAGCAGUUGGUCUUGAUACUCCUGUCUUUGAACUUAGAGAGACUCUUAUGGGCAAAUACGGAGAAGAUUCAAAGUUGAUAUAUGACCUUGCUGACCAGGGUGGUGAACUUUGUUCUUUGCGAUAUGACCUGACUGUUCCAUUUGCACGAUACCUUGCCAUGAAUAAUAUCAGUGCAUUAAAAAGAUACCAGAUAGCUAAAGUAUACAGAAGAGAUAAUCCAUCAAAGGGGAGAUUCCGUGAAUUUUACCAAUGUGACUUUGAUAUUGCCGGUCAGUAUGACAUAAUGGAACCUGAUUUUGAGGUUAUCAGAGUUCUGACAGAAUUGCUGAAUGAUCUGAACAUUGGUGACUAUGAGAUAAAGUUGAACCAUAGAAAGUUACUGGACGGAAUGUUGGAGAUUUCUGGCGUACCUUCUGAAAAAUUCAGAACAGUAUGUUCUAGUAUUGACAAACUGGAUAAGCAGUCAUUCCAAGAAAUCAAAAAGGAACUGGUCAAUGACAAAGGAUUGACUGUUGAAAUAGCAGAAAAGAUUGGCUUAUUCGUUCAGAAAAAAGGACCGCCUCUUGAAGUGUUGUCAGAACUGAAAAGCAAGGAUAGUCAAUUCUUGGAAAACGCUGGAUCCGUUGUUGCAUUGAAUGACUUGGAGAUUUUAUUUAAAGCUCUUGAAAAAUCAAGGUGUCUGGACAAAGUUGUUUUUGAUUUGAGCCUUGCAAGAGGUCUUGAUUAUUAUACUGGAGUUAUAUUUGAAGCAGUUUUCAGAGGCUCUACACAGGUUGGUUCUAUAGCAGCUGGAGGGCGUUAUGACAAUUUAGUGGGGAUGUUUAGCGGAAAACAGGUCCCUGCAGUUGGCGUUAGCCUUGGAAUUGAGCGAGUAUUUACAAUCAUGGAGCAGCUUGAAAAUGAUAAAAACCAGGCAACUCGUGCAACAGAAACACAAGUUUUGGUGGCUAUUCUUGGGAAAGAUCUCACUUUGGCUGCAGAGUUGGUGAGUGAACUAUGGGAUGCAAAAAUAAAAGCUGAAUUUGGACUUACCAAGAGGGUGAUGACUCAUAUCAGCCGGGCCAAGCAAUCCGGCAUCCCUUGGAUAGUGAUUGUGGGCGAGUCAGAACUAAACAGUGGCAUCAUAAAAUUAAAGAACAUUGAAGCUAACCAAGAGGAGGCAGUUCCCAGGGGACAGAUGGUUGAGGAGGUAAAAAGAAGGUUAAACAUUUGAUACAGAUAUCAUUUAUCAGCCUGCGGAUCAUAAAUGUUUUGAAUCUAAAAGAUGCCUUAGUUUGCUAUUGAAUCGAUGCUUUUUCACCAAACUAGAUUUUCUACACGUGGUUAAAUAUUGUGAUUAGGUAUUUUUGGUUUAUUUUCUUACUAAAUUUUGCUCCUUGGUUACUCUUUGAUAAUUUUUGCUCACUUUGAUCAAGUAUUUUUGGUUUA